AAAGGUGUAGCUUGUUUGUUUUUCUUAAUUAAAAAGAGUUAACAAACAAAUAGAAUGUCAGUAUUGAAUCAGAGUGGGGAUGAAGUGGUCGAGUGUCCUUUGUGUAUGGAACCACUGGAGGUCGACGACUUAAAUUUUUUUCCGUGUACUUGUGGUUAUCAAAUUUGCCGGUUUUGCUGGCAUAGAAUUCGAACCGAUGAAAAUGGUUUAUGUCCAGCCUGUCGCAAAGCUUACUCGGAAAAUCCUGCUGAUUUUAAACCUCUUUCAAAAGAAGAAAUAUCUAGGUUGAAGGCGGAAAAAAGAUUAAAAGAUCAGCAGCGAAAGCAACGUGUUACUGAAAAUCGCAAACACCUAGCAAAUGUAAGAGUAGUUCAGAAAAAUCUUGUUUUCGUAGUGGGAUUACCUAUGCGAUUGGCAGAUGCUGAUGUCUUGAAAAAAAACGAGUAUUUCGGAAAAUUCGGAAAAAUACACAAAGUAGUAAUAAAUCAGAGUACUUCGUAUGCAGGAUCACAAGGUCCUAGUGCUUCAGCCUACGUUACUUAUCAGCGUCAAGAAGAUGCGUUACGUGCGAUAGAAGCUGUAAAUAAUAUAGUUGUGGAUGGUCGGACAAUAAAAACAUCCCUUGGUACCACAAAGUACUGUUCGCAUUUUAUGCGAAAUCAGAGUUGUCCAAAGCCUGACUGCAUGUAUUUACAUGACCUUGGAGACCAGGAAGCAUCAUUUACUAAAGAGGAGAUGCAUCAGGGUAAACAUCAGGAAUAUGAAAGGAAACUUGUGCAAUCUUUACAUAUUAACAGUACAUCCCAGCGAAAACCGACACCCUCACCACCAGUUACCGGAGGUGGUACACGGGACAAUGGUCCAAAUUCACAAGCCAAAGAAGCUUGGCCAUCGUUACAACCGGGUCAAACGAAAGAGACGCAAUCGAAUUUGAAAGAAUCCUCGCCCACGCAAGCUUCUACGCAGCUGAACAAUGUGACGAAUCUUGAGAAUGGUACGAAUGGCAUCGUUGUACAAAAUAAUUCCACACCUGCGUCACAGAAGCAUAAUAAUAAUAACAAAGGGGAAAGUGUCGUAAGUUCGCGACGAGGGAAGAGCACCAGUGAGAGCAAAGCUCAGGCGGCACGGAAUAAGCACAAAAAUUCGCAGAACAAGGAAAAACACAGCAAUACGAGGCUGACGUCGCGAUCGGAAUCCAAUUCCAACAUCACGACGCAUGGUAGUAGUACCGUGCAACCUCAAGUGAACGGCCAGAAGGAAAUCUCAAGCCUUGUAAAUGAUUCGACAGUGACUACGACGACAACGGCAACGAGUGCUGAAGUGCUGGUGCAAAAAUUGAGUGCUGCUAGAUUAAAGGUCGACCAGCCAACCCAACAACAGACUAUGCAGAAUAAUAAAGGAUCGAAAUUAGUGCAGCAGAUGGAUAAGGUGAAUGGGAUUGUACAAAACGGAGAGCAAUGUCAUUCUGAGAAUGAUGAGCCUCAGAGAGAAGCUGGUACUCCGGCAAGUACAAUCUCUAGCUCUGAGGACUCAAAUACGAACCACCAAGUGGAGCGUUUAGCUGAGUCAAGUGAAGAGACUAAUAGCACAGCUAUUUUAGGUUCUUCGCCAGUCAGUACAAAUUCAUCACAAGGCAUUAGUCAGCAACCACCUCCCGGAUUACAUUCCACGAAUAGUAUCAAUGGUGCUCCAGUUCAACAAAUCAAUCACAGAUCUAUCUUUCGAUCUGAUAAUAACAGUUUCUUUAGUUCAAACACCUUCCAAAAAAUUCCUACUACAACGACAACCACACCUCCAACAACACAAGCAGCGAAUACGGGAGUAGAUUGGACGAAUUCGGGUAUCACACCGAUUCCAGACUCCUUGCCGACGGUUUACUCAAGCGAAGAUUGGCAAGCAGCCUUUGGCUUCCAGACGGAGCUCUCGCGCUCGUCUCUCCACAUUUCGCCAAAGUCCAGUCCCACGCCGUCGCCCCGAAUAUCCUUCAGUAACGAGGAUUUCAUCGAUACCGAGGAAACUUACACGAGCGUUGCCCAAUUCAAUUCCUCGAUAUCGGACAAUCCUGCGAGUAGUAUAGCGUCCAGCUUACUUGUCAAUACACCCGCAUCCAAAUUUAUGGCAGACUUCCAGCAGAACUCGUUGCAGCAAAGGUUAGCCAUGCAGGCGAAUCAGAACCAGGAGAACAGUAACUAUAUAAAGCAAAACGGACACGCGACGUUGAGCGAGUUGCAAAAACAACAAGAGCAGCAGCAACAACAACAACAACAGCAGCAGCAGCAGCAGCAGCAUCAGCAACAACAACAAGGGGGUUCGGAAACAAUGAAGGCGGAUGACGAAUUAGGCUUCGAUCCAUUUCACGAAACGCAGAAAGCUUUGGCGGAACUCAUGGAGAACGAAAUACAGAUUCAACAGCAGAGGCUUUUUCAACAACAGCAGCAGAGAGAGAGGGAGGAACAGACGAGGGUACAGCAUCAGCAAGGAUCCGUUGGACUCGGUCCACACCAUUUCACACAAGUCACUCACCUGGCGCAUUUGCAGCAGCAGGCGCAGCAUCUACAAAAUCUACAGGUGCUGCAGCAACCGCAUUCCCUAUUGUCGCGGCUGCCGCAGACGCUGCUGCAGCAGAACGGCGGUACCCAGAGUCCGGUGCAGGGCUCUGUGACGGUUGCCGCGCUGGGCCAGCGGAGCAGACUGCCACCACCAGGUUUCCCGAGCUCGACACCCAACCACAUGAAUUCUUUUGGCCUCGGGAUUCCACGUCCGGCUCCCACGGCCAACACACUCACAGACUUACUUAUGUCUACAGGUAGUAAGAUACUGCCAUUUGUGAGUCAUUCGUCCGGGGUCUUAUUCACGGGAGGACAACAGACUUCGCAAACUUCGUUUCUUCAAAACCAAAAUCCUCUCCUCAGUUCCCAAGGGGUUGGCAAGUGUGCCAGUGACGCGAUUUACACUCUAAAAGAUUGGUGUGAAAUAAGUACUCAACAGCAGCAGUCACAGCAGCAGCAAUUUCAUCAUCAGGCGCUGUAUCAAAAAGGUGGCUGGAAUAACUUCGGAUCAAUUUCAGACUUGAAUCCGGUUGAUCCAGCCAUAGUGAGUUCCCGGCUACUUCCAUUCCAGAGUACUACCAGCACAUGGCAAUUUCCUCAUGCGCACCCUUCACACAAUGUGUCUCACAAUGCCCAGCAGGAGCAGGGUGCAUCUCCGGCGCAGCACUGGGCAAUGCAACCGCCACCUGGUUUUGGAGCACCAACACCAAGCGUCCCUCUAAAUGUCCAACAAGCCAGCACAGCUGUUCAAGCGCACACAAAGUUCAUAUCUGCGGGAUCAGAAAUCGAGAAUAUAUAGAUGUGUCGAAUAUAAAUGGGGAAAAAGUACUAGCACGGCGAAGAGUGCAGCUUUUUGAUAUAA